UUCAGUGAGAAUAGCAUGUUUGUCUCCAAGAGGCAUUUCAUUCUGAAGACCCGUGGUACCAUCCUCCUGCUGAAAGUACCGGUUCUGCUGUUGAAGCUUGCCAGGGAUUCCAGUGGGUUUGACUCAAUUCAAAGCUUCUUUGAUUCUUGUAAGAAUCUCAUGAAGCCUUAUCAAGGAUACCCAUGCUGGAAUUUCCAGGAAGAAACAGAAUUUCUUAAUGCAAUUUUCCCAAGUGGAGCAGCAUAUUAUAGGGGAUGUAUGAAGUCUGACUGUGGGUACUUGUAUACUCUGCUUUUCCCAGAGAGUAGUCAGCCUCAUCAAACCCUGGAAAUUUUGAUGAGUGAGCUCGACCCAGCAGUUAUGGACCAGUUCUACAUGACAGAUGGUGUUCCUGGGAAGGACAUCAUUCGAGAGAGUGGAAUUUGUGACCUGAUACCAAGUUCUGUCAUUGAUGCCACACUGUUCAAUCCUUGUGCGUAUUCAGUGAGUGGAAUGAAAUCAGUUGGAACUUACUGGACUAUUCACAUCAUGUCAGAACCAGAAUUUCCUUACGUUAGUUUUGAAACAAACUUAAGUCAGAUCUCUUCGGAUGGCCUGAUCAGGAAAGUUGUGGGAAUCUUCAAGCCAGGAAAAUUUGUGACUAUCUUGUUUGUUCGUCAGAGUUCUGAAUGUCACACAGUGCUUUCUUCACCCCAGAAGAUUGAAGGUGUUAAACGUCUUGAUUGCCAAAGUGCUAUUUUCAAUGAUUACAAUUUCGUUUUUACCAGUUUUGCCAAGCAGCAGCAACAACAGCAGAGUUGA